AUGAGUAAUAAUCAUAGUAAUCAACAAAAUGAAUAUCAAAAAGAUGAUCCUAGUCAACCUUUAUUAUUGAAUAGGCAGCAAAACGAUAUUGAACAACAACAGCAAAUUCUUGGUCAACAUCAACUUCAUUAUCAAUCACCACCUUCAACCAGCACUACAACUACAACAACCAACCUAUCAGGCAGUACUUCAUACUAUCAGAAUAUAAUUAAUACUCUAGAUGACAACAAAAGUAAUGAUAAUAAUAAUAAUAAUAAUAACAAUAGUAAUAAUAUAGAUUACAACAAUAAUAAUGAAUUACCUCCACCCUAUUAUUAUGGAGAUAUCAAUAGUAAUAUUUAUCCACAUCAACCAUUGAUUUCGCCAAGGGUUCCUCACAGGCAUGAUCAUGAUUCUUGCUAUUGUGAUAACUAUAAUAUCGAAGAUUGCUCAAAAAACGAUAAACCACAAUAUACCAAAUAUCAACAGCAAAACCAAGAAGUACAAUAUAAAACCAAUCAAAACUUUCAUACCUCUAACCAAAACCACCAUAUCUUACAUUCAAAACAGCCAAACAUUAACUGUCCACAAAUUUAUGCAAUCGGUAACAAAUCAAAUUCAAUCUGUCUUUUAACAAAAUUAUUCAAACAAUUUAUUAAAAUUUCUUUUACUACAAUUGACGAGCCACUACUCAAGAAGGAAAAGAUGAUUCCUUCUGAAAUGAUUGGCUAUGGCAGUGGCGGUGCCACCGCUGGUAAUGAUAAUGGCUACAUCGAAGUCGAAGUAAACAUGAGGAUCAAACGUAGAUUCGAGGAUUCAAUCACAUUCUUUACAAAUAUCAUACAGACAAUGAUCGUUGUCAAGCCCAAUGAAGUUGCUAAACAGCAAGCCGAGACCAUAGUAAUCCCAGAGGUUACAGACAAUAUCAAUCACCUAUUCUACACCGAUUCGAAUCUGAUCAAUCAUUCCGCAAAUGCAAGCGGCAACUCAACUCCUAAAGACUUGGCAGCAUCCACUACUUUGUCAAGUCCAUCAGUACUCUCACAAUCACAAUCAUCAUUCCAUUCUCAUCAAUCACAUCAUUCAUUAAGAUCAAGUGCUAAUGUAAUGAAUUCAUCACCGCUACUUCAACAGAUAGCUGGUUAUUCAAAUGAACAUAUUUCAUUUGACAACAAUAUUAGUAACAACAACAACAACGACAAUAAUAAUGAAAAUAACAAAGAAGAUACAAUCAAGACAGACAGCAAUGAGAGCUCACAAAAUAGUGAAUCAAAGUCUAGGAGAAGAUUAUUAUCAAGCUCAAACGAUGCAACCGAUGAUGAAUUGGAUACUUUCAAAGUCUACGAAGACGGUAGUAUGCUCAUGCAAACUACAAGUCCAGAGAAUUUCGAAAUGAUGAUGGAUAUCACAAAGAAAAUGUGGAAAUUAUCAUAUAGAUACAGAGAGCAACUCUACUUCUCACUAUCAUCAGUACAAGAUUCAUUAGUGGUCGAACAGUUAAUUAAUCAAAGUUUUAAUUCAUUUGUAGAUGAUUGUUAUAUGGAGAUUUUUGAGAAAUUUGAAGAUUCAUAUCCACAACAAAUUCAUCUAUUAAAAAUAAUGAGAAAUUCACCUGAAAAGCUAACAGAGAAGAAACCAACUGAAUCAUAUAUACCAACUACUAAGAUCAACAACAAGAAAGAUCAAAAAGUAGAUAUCUUCUCUGUAUCAAAGAGAGCUUUCAAUACUUUUAAAACAAAUUAUACAUUUCUCUCGAUUUUUCGUUCUCUUUUCCCAAUCAGUGUUUGGGCAAGAAGAUACAAGUUACAUUAUUUAAAAGAUGAUGUUUUAGCAUCAUUAACUAUAGCAUUUAUGUUAAUUCCUCAGGCAAUGGCGUAUGCAAUGCUUGCUGGAUUAAAGCCAAUAUAUGGAUUGUAUUCUGCAUUUAUAUCACCGAUUGUCUAUGGUAUUUUUGGAACAUCGAAUGAAAUUCAGGUUGGACCAGUGGCAAUGGUGUCUUUGUUGGUACCUAGCAUUAUUGGACUACCAACUACACAUGAAGAUUAUGCCACCUACGCAAUGUGCCUAUCUCUCCUAUCUGGAUUGAUUUUAUUGAUAUUUGGAUUUUUUAGACUUGGAUUCAUUAUCGAGAAUCUCUUAAGUAAUCCAAUUCUUCUUGGAUUUAUUCAAGCUGGUUCAACAUUGAUCAUUCUAAGUCAAAUAAAGAAUUUUACAGCAAUUCCGAUACCAUCAAAUUCAGCUACCAUCAUUGAAUACAUGGAAGGAAUCAUUUCUCACAUCAAAGAUAUUAAUGGAUACACUGUUUUAAUGGGUAGCGUCAGUCUUGCAAUAUUGAUUGGUGUCAAAUAUAUAAAUAAUAGAUUAAGAUAUAAAAUACCAACUGCCAUCAUAAUUUUGGUUCUUGGUACUCUUAUUUCAUAUUUAGUUGAUGUUAAGGGUAAACUUGGUAUUAAAAUUGUAGAUAAUAUUCCAUCAGGUAUUCCAUCACCUCAUACAGUUCCACUUACAUUUGAUAAGAUUUCAAAAAUGAUUGUUGGUGCAUUCAUUGUUUCGAUUUUAGGAUUUGUCGAAAGUAUUUCCAUUGGAAAGAAGUUUGCAGCAUACAAAAAGUACUCUAUACAUACUAGUCAGGAGUUGGUUGCUCUUGGAAUGUGUAACAUUGUACAAUCUGCAUUCUCUGGAUAUCCAACAACCGGUUCUUUUUCAAGAACUGCAGUUGCUUAUCAAAUGCAAUCAAAAUCAAGAUUAACAUCGAUUCUAAGUGGAAUUAUAGUAAUGUUUGUACUUUUGUUGUUAACACAAGUGUUCAAAUAUACUCCACUUUGUAUACUUUCUGCUAUUGUAAUUUCAGCUGCCAUCACUUUGUAUGAAUUCAAAGAGACAAUUGAACUCUACAAGAAGGGUGAGUUGAUUGGAUUCUUCCAGUUGUUGUUUGUAUUUAUCAUGACAUUACUGGUCGGCUCUGAAACUGGAAUUAUUAUUGCCUUUGUUGUUUCGAUUCUUCAGAUCAUUUUCUUUUCGGCAAGACCAAACUUGGUUAUUCUUGGUCGUCUCCCAGGUACUCUUGUAUUUAGAAAUGUGAAUCAUUACCCCAACGCAAUUACAUAUCCAGGUGUAAUGAUUAUUCGUUUCGACUCUAGAAUGACUUACUACACCAUCAAUCAUUUCAGAGAUAUCAUGAAUAGUAUGGAUAUGACACCACCCAACGCCCAAGAUGUAAAGGUAAUCGUGUUUGAUGCUGUAAAUAUUAGCUCUAUCGACUCGACUGCAAUGGAUGUAUUGAAUGAUAUGCUAGAUAUCUACGAAUCAAUUGGUGUUACCGUUCUCUGGUCUGAUUUGAGACCUAUCAUCUACAGAUCGAUGAAUCAAUCUGGUUUCCUUAAGCGAUUGAACAAAGAUCAUAUAUUUACAAGUACAAGUGCUGCAGUUGACUAUGCUAUUUCUAAUAACAAAGAGGUAUUGGAAGUGACCACUCAAUAA